UCUCUUCGCAAUUGUUUAUUUAAGUGGUUAAAAAAAACGCAAUGGAAAAAGAAGGAAGAAAUUGAAGGGGGAAAUCCUGCGAUUUCUUUCUUCUCGCUGUCUCUGGAGCGAAGUGCGACAUCUUCGAACAUACACUCCCAAUUUGCUGACGAUUUUAGGGCUCUUUAAUUUUCUACGCUAAACCCCAAUAUGCAUAAGCUGGGCAGAGAUCAUCGGGAUAAAGUCCUGCAAUUCAUGGAAGUAACUGAAGCGAGUGAAAAACUUGCUCUUCGAGCUUUGAAGGCAAGUGAUUGGCGUAUUGAUGGAGCUUUCCAUUAUUUCUUUUGCCAAUCUCAUAAUGAAAGUUAUACUGACACUACACGUUUGGAAGAGCUUUAUAAUAGAUAUAAAGAUCCUGACAGUGAUAUGAUACUAGUUGAUGGUAUUACUCUUCUAUGCAAUGACCUCCAGGUGGACCCCCAAGAUAUUGUUAUGUUAGUCGUUUCAUGGCACAUGAAGGCAUCUACCAUGUGUGAAUAUUCCGAAGAGGAGUUUUUCAUUGGGUUGCAGGCACUAGGGAUAGAUUCUGUGGAGAAGUUUCGUGAAAAGAUACCAUUUAUGCGAUCUGAGCUGAAAGAUGAACAAAAGUUUCGCGAGAUAUAUAACUUUGCAUUUGGCUGGGCAAAAGAAAAGGGUCAGAAAUCUUUGGCAUUGGAUACUGCAAUUGGUAUGUGGCAAUUGCUGUUUGCUGAGAAGCAGUGGCCAUUGGUUGACCAUUGGUGCCAGUUUUUAAAGGCCCGACAUAAUAAAGCAAUCUCUAAGGACACGUGGUCUCAACUUUUGGAGUUUGCUAGAACGAUAGACCCUGCACUGUCAAACUACGAUGCCGAAGGUGCAUGGCCCUAUCUUAUAGAUGAAUUUGUGGAAUACUUGAAAGAGAAUGGCAUCUUUUAAAAAGGGCUGCUGGUUGGUGGACAUGGGCGUGGAAUUUUCAAGAUCCAUGUUGUUAGUGUUGUUUAUGUCGCGAUGCCAACAUGGAAGUAAUUAUUUGAUUUUUCUGAAAAUAAGAUGCAAAGCACCUUGUGUGGUUUAAAGCAUUUUCUAUAAAUUACUCGAUCGUGUUUAUAUUUUUAUUUUUCGGGUCCAAUGGGGAUAAGAAAGCGUGUUGGACUUGGGAUUGCAUUUGUUAUUUGGACUUUAAUCUUAAUUAUGAAUUUUAAUUUAA